AUGCGCUCGCCUUCCCUCAUCCCUAUCCUCCUCGCCGCCCCCUCUGCCCUGGCAUCACCCUCACCCUGUACCACCGCAACGAUCCAAUGUCCCCUCAUCUUCGAAGGCCGCGUCCCCGCCACAGCGACGCCGCAGGACUUUGACACUUCCCUCGGCGGGGGUUGGAAUCCGUAUAACCCAGACUACGUAAAGGGCGCAAACUUGUCCUGGUCGGAUAUCAUUCUCCUGCCGGGGCCGGGGCCGGGGCCGGUCUCCACUCGGUCCGGGACACGGUUCUCCCGCUUCGAUGCCGCGGAGAAGAAGCGUCCUCUCGAGGUCACACUUUCUGACGCGAGCAUUUUUAUGAAUCAGCAGGGUUUCCGGCGCGCGGGGCUGUUGUUCGCGGGGGAUACGAACGAGGGGAGUCCUGCGGCGGAGGGGGUGAGGACGGUGCAUUUUAGUGUGAGGAUGGAUUUGGAGAGGCCGUUGAAUUUGACGCAUGAGUAUCUUAAUGUCUGGCAUGAGACGGCGGCGUAUGACGCGAAUCAGUUCAAUUUCCAGACUGGUACCAUCAUCGGUCAGUCGGACUUACCCAAAGACGCGUUUAAGCUGCUGGACCGGAAUAAUAAGCUGCUGUGGUCGACGCCUAUUGCGAUGGACGGGUCGUGGCAGAACUUUGCGCUCACGUUGGACUUUUUGAACAAUACAAUUCAGAUAUGGUUCUCUGCGGGCGGCAACCCGCUCGCGAAGCAGGGUGGCGUCAUCUCGAUUGACCUCACCGGUGAGGGGCAGUACCAGAUUGGCAUCUUGAAGAAGCCGACGGGGACGGAUGACGUGGUGAACUCGGGGUAUCAAUCUAGUCACCUGAAUGAGGGUCUGAUGUACGGUGGGAUCUUCAUUGAAGAUAGCGCCGGUGGUUGUGUGUCCAUCUGA